AGAAAUCAUGUGGGCUUUGCCCGCGCAGGUUCGAAUCCUGCCGUCCACGAUUUUCAAUUUUUUCUUCCAUUUUUAAUUUUCUCUUGCUGGGUUGCUUCCUCCUCUAACGUACCGAUACCAUAAACUAAUUGGAAGAACCAAUCAACACAUUCUCAUUUGCAUAAAUAAUAACUUUAAUAAUUCGUAUGAGUAUGUUAAAUUUGAUAAAACAAUGCAAAUCAAUCAAACAACUCCAUCAAAUUCAUGCACUCACAAUCACCUCAAAUCUCUUACCACACCACCCUCUCUCAAUCUUAAACAUUCUUCUCUCCACUUUCACUUCCUUACUCAAUUCCAAAAACAACAUCAAAACUUAUUCCAAUUCAUUUCUAACAACCUAUGCACUUUCCCUCUUCAAUUCAAUUCCAAACCCAACAACAUUCACCUUCAACACACUCAUCAGAAUCCACACUCUCCUCUCUUCCCCUCUCUCCGCCCUCAAAAUCUUCCUCUCUCUCCGCCGUCUCUUUCUCACUCUUGACUUCCACACUUUCCCUCUGAUCCUCAAAGCCUCUUCUCAACUACACUCUCUUUCUCUUGCUCAGUCUCUUCACUCCCAAGUUUUCAAGUAUGGUUUUCUGGUUGACUCUUUUGUUAUGAACUCGCUCAUUCGUGUUUAUUCAGUUAAUGACCGUGUAAAUGAUGCAUACAAGGUGUUUUGUGAAAGUGGUUAUAGAGACAUUGUUUCUUAUAAUGUUAUGAUUGAUGGGUUUGUUAAAAAUUUUAAGCUUGAUCGUGCGCGUGAACUGUUUGAUGAAAUGCCUCAACGGAAUGAAGUUACCUGGGGUACUAUGAUUGCGGGUUAUAGUCAGGCGAAACUGUGUCGGGAAGCUGUUGAACUUUUUAAUGAGAUGAUUGGAUUGGAAUUUAUUCCGGAUAAUAUAGCAUUGGUGUCGGUUUUAUCUGCUUGUGCUCAGUUAGGGGAGCUGGAACAAGGUAGGUUUGUUCAUGAUUAUAUUACGAGGAAUGGGAUUCGAGUUGAUUCGUAUUUGACAACUGGGUUGGUGGAUUUAUAUGCGAAAUGUGGUUGUGUUGAGAUUGCAAGGGAAACAUUCGAGUCAUGCACGAAUAAAGAUGUGUUUACAUGGAAUGCUAUGCUUGUUGGCUUUGCUAUUCAUGGGCAGGGUUUGGUUUUGUUGGAAUAUUUUUCUAGAAUGGUUGGUGAAGGGAUUAAGCCUGAUGGGGUUACUUUCUUGGGUGUGUUGGUUGGGUGUAGCCAUGCUGGUUUGGUUUGUGAAGCUAGAAAGGUUUUUGAUGAAAUGGAAACUGUGUAUGGGGUUGCUAGAGAGGGUAAGCAUUAUGGGUGUAUGGCUGAUAUGUUGGCAAGAGCUGGGUUGAUUGAAGAAUCAAGGGAGUUGAUAAAAGGGAUGCCAAAUGGGGGUGAUGUGUUUGCAUGGGGUGGGUUGUUAGGUGGAUGUAGGAUACAUGGGAAUGUUGAGAUAGCAAAGCAAGCAGCUCAGCAAGUAAUGGAGAUUAAACCUGAAGAUGGUGGGGUUUAUUCUGUCAUGGCUAAUAUUUAUGCUAAUACAGAGCAAUGGGAUGAUUUAGUUAAGAUUAGGAAAUCGUUGGGUGCUAAUAGAAGAGCUAAGAAAAUCACUGGCACUAGUUUGAUUAGACUCAAUGAGCAUUAACAAAAUGCCAAUAUGAUUUUUUUUUUUUUUUUGUGAAAAUAAAGUUAGAUUAGUGGAGGAGACAUACUCUCAUGCUCGGUCAGAGUAGGAUUUACAAAGAAAUUUACGUGUAACCUACCAGAUGUAGAAUUCCGGAAUUUGAACCAGACUGACAAUAAGUGUGAGCAAAAAGUCGAAUCAUUUGUGUCAACUGCAUUUGACACCAAAAUGAUUAUUUCCUUAGAUAUUCUUGGUGACUAUUUAGAUUUAAGCACUUGUCUGUUAAAUUUAUUUCAUGUACUGGUGCAUAGCUCCCUUACUAACACUAGAAUUGACUAUCUACGUAAUUGCAUGGAAGUGAUAAUGUGUAGAGAUUUGUUGGAUACUAGAGGCAAAAAUGAUUUUCUCACGCCAUUUUUUUAUAAA